UUACCGCCUAAAACGCAGCGUUUAAUGCCCUCUUUUCUUUCCUUCCUCGAAUUCUCUAACCGGAAAAUGUCUGAAAGUCAGUACUGUUCCCGGCUUUGCCGGCUGAUCGAUGAUUCUCUCCGUUCAUACAGGGAAUUGGAAGUGGGUUCGGUGACGAAGGAGAAGGAGAAAGAGAUUCUAUUGUCUCUAUCACAGGUUUUCCGAAUAAUUCAGCUCUGGAAUAAAGAGCUUGAUUCUGAUUCCGACAAUGGUUCUGUGGAGAGAUUGGUUUGUGAGAUUGAAUGCUUGGAUGGGUGCAGCUCACAUUCUGAGGAAAUUCAAUGUCUGUCCCAAAUCGUAGUUGACUUGGUGUAUUUGCUGAAUGUCAAUAGUCAAUAUGUUCGACAUCUGGGGAGCAAUGUUUUGCUUGUUGCUUCGAAGCUUGUGGCCGCAUCUGGAAGCAACUGGGAAGCUUUUAUUCAAUGUUUGAGUGUUUGCCUCUAUUUGGGGAUCAGCAAUUUGCUUACUGAUCCCUCAGCACAUUCAGUGAUUGGAGCUGAUGAUUCUAAUAGAACUUUUUUAGGUUUUGUACUUGUUAUAAAAGAUAAGUUGAAAGGUGUUGGCUGGUCUGCAUUGGCUGGCAUCAUUCGAGUUUUACGCUAUAGCUUGAAACACUUGAGUUCGGAAGAUGAUUUUGAGCCCAUUUGUUCAUUCUUUGAUAGUAUCAAUUCUAGUCUGCUAAAUGUGCCUUGGGACUCACUUACCGAGAUAUUUGUUGAGUCUGAUGGUGCUGCUUCUAAAAGCUCAAUCACAGAAGGUUCGUUUGAAAGAUUCAUGUUCCUAGGAAAUUUUGUUCAGUUCCUGUGUUCCUUGGUGGAACAAAGCAGUGGCAUAGAUACUGCAGGUGGUGCUAUAAACAAACAUCCAGUUAUUUUGUUAACCAUUGGCCUUGUACCAAAACUAUUAAGUUGGAGUCCUGGAAAGCAAGGGGAUAAUGUCAGCAAUUACAUCAGAUACAAGUUAUUGGUGUUGAUGAUCAGGCUCAGUGUCCCAACUUAUUUGAACUUCUCAACAACUGUUUCAUGGUUGCAACUAGUCCAUAAUUACUUUGGUGAGCUUUUAUGCCAACCCGUAACCCCACUUGAGUUGGUUCAGAAUGACAGUCUACAAGGAUCUCCAUUUCUAUCUAGUAUGUUUGAUGAAGAAGUUAGUAAUGUAUCCUCCCUGCAUGUAAAAAGACGAGCUAUAUUUAUUUUUCUAACGUGUUCAUUUAGUCUGAUCAACUAUAAAGGUGAUACGAUUAAAGAAUGUACGUGCACAUCUCAAAACUUGUGCUUGCCUAAUGAAUCAGAGUUAGAGGGUUGUGGAAUAAAGAGAGGUUUUGGAGAGCUUUAUAACUGGCUUCAAGGGCAGGUACCAACUGAGAUUAAUCUCAACCAGAAAUUGUACUCGAAGAAGUGUUUGGAUUUCACCUUAUCCUUCCUUCGACUAUACUUGCAUGAGGAUGAUUUAUUAUUCAGAGUGCUCUUGCUACUGCUUUCUGUACCUUUUCCUGCAGAGACAGAGUUUCAGAAGGAAAAAGAGGCUUCUCAGAAUGAAAAACACGAUCUGAUCUCUCACGUUUCAAACGUUUUUAAUCCUGUGCACUUGUUCCAUCUAUUUCUUUCUGAGUUACACUAUGAUCAUCAAGUGCUUCUGGAUUACCUUAUUUCAAAAGAUACAGGAAUAAGUUGCGCUGAGUAUCUUUUGAGAUGCUUGCGCACAAUUUGCAGUUCUUGGCAUUUUUUUGUACAGUUCUCAGCAAAUGGACAUCAUGAGAAUCAGUUAUCUUACAAGAAAAGAAAAGUUUUGCGGGACAAUUCAACUUCUCACGAUUUGGAAUCUUCUGUACCUGAAGAUAAAAGUGUGGAGGGAUUCGAUGAAGGGUCGAAAUCUGGUGGUACGCAAUAUCGCCUUGCAGCAAAACCAUACAAGAAAGCCAGAGAGUGUUUGCUAUCUCUUAAAGUUUCUGUUGAAAGUCUCCAUAAAAAGAAUCUCUUUCCUUACAAUCCUAAAGUUCUCUUGAAAAGAUUAUGGAGAUUUGAGGAGCUCUGUCUUGAGGAAGAUAAACAGUACCUCUAAAAGAAUGGAGAAACAAAAUAGAAGUGCAAGCAAGCAACAAUAAUGCUAGCAGAGUAUCAUCCUAUAAUAUUAAAGUUGCAACGAAACAAGAUAUUGCGUGAGACUGUCACGAAUUGUUGAUUAAUGGUUCCAUGUCCUAUGGAUUUUUGUUUGCUUUUGUUUUCUUGACAAUGGAUGCCAACCAGACCAAACUGCCAACAUGAGAUCUUUGAGGUAAAAAAUCUUAGGUGACAAUUGUAAAUUCUUCUUUGAAUGCUUUAUGACUUUUUCUUUCUUUCUUUCUUUAAAUGUUUCUUACACUCUUUAGCAGGCUUAUUGUUGUGGACAUGAUUAAAAAAUACUGUUUCACCUAAUUGGAAUGUACCAUUUGAAGAUAUAUGUGGGAAAUAUGACCCGAGGGAACGUACUAAGAUAUAUCGAAGGUUUAGGUCUAUGAAAUUAAGACCUUUUCGGGUGAAGGGAAUGACCGAAGGGAAGUUUGGAGAUGGACCUUCUGCAGAGUUCUUUUCUUGAGACCUUUCCGUAUAUCGUUGGCCUCCAUGUAGCUGUAAGGGUGCACAUUUGUGUUGGAACAUGAGCGGGACCAACAACCACCUGUGCAGGGAUAAGGUGAAUUUUGUUUUGCCAUAGAGCUUUGAGUUUGGGCCGCCAUGGAAGAGAUCUUACUGGUUAACAGGAGGAUUCUCAGUAAAUGACGUUACCAGUAAGAUCUCUCCUUUGGUGGUCCAAACUCAAGCUCUAUGGCAAAGCGAAAUUUCAUCCCAUCCUUGCACAUGUGGUUGCAGGUCUCGCUCGGUGUACCAUGCAACGCGUGCCCUUUUAGGUACAAGGUGGCCAAUGGUAUAUGAAAAGGCCUUGGAAUCUUGAGGUCUUGAAAAAGAACUCUCAUGCAAAACGUCCAAUCUCCAAACAUCCUUUUGGUCACUCCCCUCACCCUCAAAGGUCUUAGGUUUCAUUGGCCUGAAUCUCCGGUAUAUCUCAGUAUGUUCCCUCACGUUAUAUUCUACCAGUGGGUUUUACUAUUAUGGAGUUGACUACCUCGGGAUCGGCUACGUUACACUGGUUGGCCAUGUUGCACCUACAAUUUAGAGAAUAGUUAGCUCACAUAAACACAUUAUACAAGUCAAACAAUAUUUACAGUGAUCGUCUGCCUUGUCGAAUGUACAUGUGAGUUGUUUACAGUUGCGGCUCAACUCAAGCUCUGAUAAGAUCAUACUCAAAUGGAAAGCUAAGUCCUUUGAUGAUUCAAGAACCCAAGUGGUAUUCAAUACAUCUAUAACUGGGUAAGAUUAUAUUCCAAUGUUCUAUUAUUAGUACAACUACAACCCAUGAAUGAAGUAGUAAACUUUUGUGAUUUCUGAACGUGUCAAACAAAAAGAAAUCUGUAUCAAAAUUUCUGUAUGUUGUAUCCUUUGGCAAAGAUGGUUUAUAUGGUUGUUGUUGCUUUUAGUGUUGUUGGAAAGAAAGAAUCAACACUGAAGACCUAACAAUAAUUUGCCUCUGACAACAACUAUUUUGAUUUUACAUAAUAAUCUUCCUUCAAUGGAUAUCAAAUGAGCUAGUGACCACCCAAAUCUUUGUUUGGUAUUACCUGCUCUUUUAUAAA